AUGGCACAAACAACCAUUCACCACGGUCCAUCCACUUCCAUUCCAUCCGGUGCCUCACCAGGCCUCCAAUUUCUCAAAGGGUUCCUCGCCGUUCUGGACUCGCUUGAUCCAGACCAGGUCCAGACCCUAACAAACUUCCUCACGCCUGAUGCCGCGUUUGCCAUCAACGGAGGCGCGCCCGUGCCUACGGAGCAGGUCCUGUCUAUGCUCACCAUGCGCGGGCAGAAGCUCGCUCGGUUCGGCCACGAGGUCCAUGUGGCCUGGGACAUAGAGAGCGGCGCGGGGAGCAGGACGGUCAUGUACGAGAGCACGAGCGUCACGGUGUUCAAGGACGACCCGGCGGCGGCGGAGAUCAGGGUGCGCGAGUUCAACAUUGUCGAGCUCGUGGGUGGGGGGCAGGACGGGGCGAGCUGGAAGGCGAAGGAGCUGAGGACUUUCAUGGAUGCUAGUGCGGUGUACAAGCAUGCGCAGAGCCUACAGGCGAAAGCCGAUUGA